UAUAUAUUUAUAUUUAUAGAAAUAAGCAAACGAAUAUUUAACUUUAAAUGACCUCUGUACAAUCAAGAUUUUCUAUUAAUCAGCAGCGAAAUACGCUUUCUGGAUUUAUGUCAAGAGAGGAUGUAUUAAUACUUGCUCAAAAUGAAUAUGCAAGACAACUACGUAAAUUCACCGCAGCUCAAUUAAAACAAAAAGUACCGCAUUAUGUACAAGAACAUAGAAUUGGAACGAAAGCAAUGUCAUCUAUAAAAGCAUCAUUACAUUAGUCUAUAUUAUUUCUGUAAAUAUCAUAAAUCCAUCAAGAAUCAGCAAGAUCCUUCUGUCCCCCCCCUCCUUCUUCCCUCUUUUCUUUUUCUUACACACAGCAGUUGGCUUAUAUGUAUUUAUAUAUAUAUAUUUUCUGAUCUGUAAUAUAAAUCUUGUACAUGCACAACUUAUAUUUUAUCAUGUAAAUAUAGAAAAUUACUAGUAAUAAUAAUAAUAGUAGUAGUAUUUGUUU